AUGUCGCAAAGCCAUGCUCUUUCAGAUGACCAGGUCGCGGGCGAGCUCCGCAAGAUGACCGCGUUCAUCCGGCAGGAGGCCCUUGAGAAAGCUCGCGAGAUUCAGUUGAAGGCCGACGAGGAGUUUGCGAUCGAAAAGUCUAAGCUCGUGCGCCAGGAGACCGCCGCCAUCGAUGUGCUCUACGAGAAGAAAUUCAAGCAGGCCGCCAUGUCCCAGCAGAUCACUCGUUCCACCCUGGCCAACCGGACCCGUCUCCGUGUGCUUGGCGGUCGCCAGGAGCUUCUAGACGAGCUCUUCCAGAAGGCUCGUGACAAGGUCUCCACCGUUGCUGCCAACGACAAGAAGAAAUACCAAGCCACCUUGCAGGGGCUGAUCCUCGAAGGGCUGUACUAUCUGAACGAGGACAAGGUCGAGAUCCGCGCACGGAAGAAGGACGCCGAUGUGGUCAACCAGGCUAUCAAGGAGGCCGAGAAGGAGUUCAAGGAUAACGUGGGCAAGGAGGUGAAUGUGAGCUUGGACGAGUCGGAGCCGCUACCGGACGGAUCUGCUGGUGGCGUGUUCAUUGUGGGCGGCCAGGGCAAGAUCGAGAUCAACAAUACCUUCGAGGAACGUCUGCGCUUGUUGGAGAUUGACGCUCUUCCCGCUGUCCGCGAGACACUGUUCGGGAAAAACGUGAACCGGCGAUUCUAUGACUAG